UGUGUGUUUUGUACUGAUCUGUGCUCGACAUGUUUAGUCUGAGAUGCUUGGUGAUCGAUAGUAAUGCCUUGACUGAACACUAGGGGGAGAGCUCGCGGUUUUUCUCCAAUACACAUAAAGUCAGAAGUGGAGAAACAUCUGAGUGUGUCUGGUAUUUAUUAGUAAUUCUCUCCCCUGUUUCAGAGAAACACAUAAAGAUGGCGUUUAUUAAAGAGGAGAGUGAAGACAUCAAGAUUGAAGAAACAUUCACAGUCAAACAUGAAGAGACUGAAGAAGCUUUUAGAGUCAAACAUGAAGAUCCUGAGGAACAAACAGAUCGGAUUGUGCCGGAAGAGAAGAGCGAAGAGAGUUUGGAUCAGCAGGAAAACCUCAGUGUUCACACUGGAGAGAGUCUGUACACCUGCCCUCAGUGUGGGAAGACGUUUAUACAUAGACACUCCUUUAAUGCCCACAUACUAAUUCACACUAAAGACAAGCCUCACAACACCUGCGCUCAAUGCGGAAAGAGUUUCGUACACAAGAAAUCUCUCAAUGUCCACAUGAGGACUCACUCCGGAGUGAAGCCGCACGUCUGCUCGCAGUGUGGAAAGAGCUUCUCAUACAAACACUGUCUGAAUGCGCACGUAAGAAUCCACACCGGAGAGAAGCCGUUCAGCUGCCGGCAGUGUGCAGAGAGCUUCACUCAUCAAGGACAGCUCCAGCUCCACAUGAAGACUCACACUGGAGAGAAACCGCCCGUCUACACCUGCCAGCAGUGCGGGAAGAGCUUCGGCACCAUCACAAUCCUCAAAGUCCACAUGUUGAUCCACGCCGGAGGGAAGCCGUUCGGCUGUGAGCAGUGCGGGAGACGCUUCAGUCACAAGUCACUGCUUAAAAACCACCUGAAAGCCCACGCUGGAGAGAAGCCGUACACCUGCCCUCAGUGCGAGAGGAGUUUCUUAUAUAAAGGCUCUCUCAAUGACCACAUCAGAAGUCACACCGGAGAGAAGCCGUUCGCCUGUUCACAGUGUGGAAAAGGUUUCGGUAGAAAUGGAAACCUGAAAGUCCACAUGAGGAUCCACACUAGAAAGAAACCCUAAACAUGUCGACGUUGUGGAAUUUGUUUUGGAAUAUAAUACACCUUGUGAAUGUUAAAGGUUGAUUUAUAUUUGCAUCGAGUGCACACAGAUGACGCACACCCUUCAUCGUGACUGACUCUGAUGUGUAGCGCACGCUCUGUGAUUGGUAGCGGUGGAGACUCUGGGCGGGGCCGUGUGGUUAACAAGUGUCGAAUCCCACUGAAGAGCUCAAGAUGGAUAUUUUUGAGCAUGUGUAACCCCCGAUGGUCCUACACCACCCAGAGCUGGGAUUGAACCGACGACCUUCCGCAUGCGAGUCGGUUGCUCUAACAAGAGACCAUGGCCUCU